AUGCAGCUCUGGUUGCAGCAUAAUGAGGACUCCGAGGGUGAUGAUACCUUAGCCCCAAUCUUUGGAGACGACGAGGCGGACCUUGCCGGCCUUUUUACCAUGCCGCCUCCAGAAAUUAACACAGAUGAAGACGUUGAUCCCGUGAUGCCAGGAUUACAGAAGUACCGCGAGUGCAUUCUCGGAAACCCAGCAUAUGACUGGCUCCUUGGUGAUAUCCAGAGGCAUUGUCUUCUCAUUCCAUCACGCCCCGAUGUGAUGGCAGAAAUUCGCCGAACCAUUCUGCAAGGCUUGCCUUCACAGCUUCGUUUCAGCAGACGAGAAUUGGUCCCUUCCUAUAAAAUGACAUACACGGUGGAGUGGGACCUGGUUUCAUUUUUGCAGGACCAGGAGUACAGCGAAGAAAAUUCCAAAGCACUACCGUUGGUCAUCACUCUCACGGGCUCUCGGGAAGCAGCCCAGGCACUCACAUGUUCACAAUAUCUGCAUCAGACAUGGCCAUCAUCUGCGGGAGUGAUUCUCGAGUUACUUCAGACCCUGCUAGAUUAUGAAAACAGAAUUGGAGCCUUAGGUGAACUCCCUGAUGACAUGAGAAUUGUUACCUGGAUUCCGUCGUUUCAGUACUCGAAGAAUCCCAAGCUUGUUCAGACCCUGCUAGAAACUGAACCCAUAAUUAAAGUCUUAGGUGAAUUCCCUGAUGGAACAAAGAUCGUUGUUUGGUUUCAGUCGUCUGAGCACUCGAAGAACCGCAAGGUUGAGGUUGAAGUAAUGGGUUCCGCCUAUACAAUCGCGGAAAUUGGGGAGCAGCUCUCCUGGCUGGGAUCCGCCCUUCGAUCUUCAUCCUGUCCAGAUCACACAGCAUACUGUCAGCCCCAUGUUGAGGGAUUCAAGGUCAUUCAGGAUAAAAGGCAAGGUGCAGAGCGACAAUACGCUGCAGAGUUAAGUGCAGAUAUCUCGUUUACGAUCAACGACAAGGCAUUUCCUUCCAAGAUGAAUGGGGAGUGCUGGCACAAUCUCUUCCGGAGUGCUGUUGUUGUCGAAGGCUACCCAAUAUCCCGACGACCUGAAGUUGGUGCUGUAAGUGGCCUUGAAAUCCCCCUUCAGAUGAUGGCUCGUCUUGCACGGGCGAACUAUGUGAAUACCUUCCUGGGCGGACCAGUCAUCAAAGGCUUCUCUGCUAUGUUAGUUCCCACCGAAAAUCACCAGGAGGUUAUUAUCUGGCAUUUGGUACACAACAAAAAUGGCGAUCGAAUUUCAUACCUCGAUAGCCCGGUGGUCCCUGCGGAUGGAGUGACAGCUGGGCGGUUUUCACAGACACGUCACAUCCUAGGAUGGUGUUCGGAUGCCAAAUACCUCGCCGGGACGCGAGAAGCCAAAUAUGAAGAAGUAUCAGGUUCCCGGCUUCCCCGGCCACGCGAGGAUGGGCUCCUUAGCCAGGCUUUCAUUUCCAGCGGACAGAUAAUUACAGGCGGCGUGUCUUUCUUGGUCGGAUACAAAGACAGGCCUUUCCAUGUGUCUCGGGGUGGAUACCUCAGAAAGCUUAAGUGGAUCAUCCAGAAGUCUGUGGUCCUAUGGGACGAAGAAGCAAAGCGCGGAUGGCUGUUGAAUGGAGCAAGCGCUCUCCUGCAUCUUGUGCGUGCCUCCAUAGUGCAUGACAGUACGGGCCCUCUCAGUUCAGCGUGUGUGUUCAAAUGGGAGAACCUGAAGGAACCACCAGGCGAUUCAAGAAGCACCCCCGGGUCCGCUGUUGCAGUGCUUUUGAACGAGACUAACCGAGCCUUAACGAUCUAUCCGGGCAAAGAUGACCAGGUGCAGUUUGAAGAUCGAGUGGAGCACUUCUUGAACAUCCUGGAGCAAAUCUUUGAUUAUCAAGUACAUAGUGUCGGGCCAGAUGGCAGCGGAUACAGUUCCAAGUGUAUUCCCCGCGCACAUUUCGAAGGCUGGGAUUUUCACGAUCUUGCCACUGAAUCAGACCCGCUACACCCCCGAUUAGCGACCUUCGCAUCGAAGGGAAAGACUUGGGUUGACUUUACGCGCUCAAUCCAUGCAAUCAAUCUUCUGGGCCGUGGAUUUGGGGCCCUUCUGGAGCCAUCUGGCGUUACAUGUCCUCACUGGGCCUCGCUUCCCAAAGGUCAAUACUAUCUGGCUGCUGGAAUUGCAGAUUUGAAGAUGGUUCUCGAAUAUACUGGUGAUUUGACAACAAACCCGAUACGGUUGAGCGAAAACCUCGCGUGGCACAACUCAGCUACGGUCCUCGAGUCCUGUGGCUGCGACGAUGCUGCCGCAGAUCACGCCGACAUGGUCCAGGUGAUACUACCGGCUACCCUGUCAAGUAGUCCAGAGAAAUAUAGUGAUGCUAUAAGUCUGGCUCCUGAUGGGGCAGUGGUCUUUGGAUAUAAUCGAAACUGCCAGUGGCGAUGGGGCGAUGCUGGGGACCCUGAAAGGCACGACAUCAUGGCUAAUGAAACAUACCCCCUUUCCCCAAACGAUGAGACUGGACAUGGCAGCAGCAAUGCACUCUCAGUUGGGUCCGAGAGUGAUUCCCUCCGACUGUCGAGCACCCAGGUCACUUCGAUGUCGACGGAAGACACCAUUGAAAGUACCUCUGCUGACAAUGAGUCGGCACGACCCAAGCCACUGGUCCGAUCGUACACGAGAUGGAACUUGGAAUCUCUCAGGCCCGAGGAUUACACUGUCGGUAUUGUGUGCGCGUUACCGCUGGAGCUCCUGGCUGUUCGCGCUUUAUUCGACCAAACCCAUCCUGAUCUCUGCCUCUCGGCUGCGGAUUCGAACCACUAUGCGCUAGGUAGUAUAGGGCGACACAAGGUCGUCGCUGCUUGUCUUCCAGAUGGUGAAUAUGGCACAAACUCUGCAGCGGAUGUCGCGUCCAACUUGAGAAGGAGCUUUCACCACGUCAAAUUCUGUUUGAUGGUGGGCAUCGGCGGUGGUGUUCCAUCAUCCAGAAAUGAUAUCCGCCUAGGCGACGUCGUGGUGAGCAAGCCGAUUGGCGCGAGCCCCGGCGUUAUUCAGUACGACAUGGGCAAGGCUCUCGAAAACGGUGUUUUUGAGCCAUGUGGAUUUCUCCAGCCUCCUCCACGACUAGUAAUGACUGCACUCAGCAGCCUGAAGUCUGACCCCCAUCUACCCGACGCCCCGCUCCAAGAAUACAUCAGAGAGAUCGCAGCGUGCAGGAAGGAGUAUCGGUAUCCAGGGCCAGAGAAUGAUCGCUUAUUUUCUAGCGUGUACACGCACAACUCCCACCACGCUACGUGUGAUCCUUGCAGUGUUGCCCAUGUCACGACGCGGCCAAGUCGGUCGAAUCAGCACCCGCAGAUACACUAUGGACUGAUUGCAUCAGGUAAUCGAGUCAUGAAAGAUGCCAAAUUGCGCGACAGGUGGAGCGUGGAGAGAAAUGUGCUUUGUUUCGAGAUGGAAGCAGCCGGCAUCAUGAACACCUUGCCUUGUCUGGUUAUCAGAGGGAUAUGCGACUACUCGGACAGUCACAAGAACAAACAGUUUCAGGAAUAUGCGGCGGCAACGGCUGCUUCAUAUGCGAAACUGUUGCUGUCUUACAUGAAGGAUAGCAAUGACUUAGAAGGGAUAGCGUUACGUUCAACUAAGGAUGACCAGAGCCUGCUGGGUGUUCUCCGACGGGCCCUAGCAUUCAUUGGUUAA